AAUUAGAGCAAAAGACCAAAGCAAUAGAACAACAAAUCCAAAAUCUAGGUAAUAAUUCCCCCAACCCACCGAUUAAUCCAAGUGGCAAUGGACAGCAACCACCAAUUAAUAAUAAUAAAACCCACCGGCAAAUUACUGUCAAAUACAAUACCGAAGAGGAUGCCACCGAAAAGAAAGGAAAUAAUUUCAUUUUUGACGAGAAUAAUGAUAAUUUUCAAUUAAUACCUAUAACCACGGCUCCCUCGCCCUCGAAAAAUCCGAGUAAUGACCCCCAACUCUGUCGAAUAGAGGAGGAAAUUAGAAUUGAAUAUUUGUUUGACAAUUACGAAUACGUAAGGUUUAACAAUUUUUUGAUACCGGGCGAUUGGAAUAAUCCGAUACGUGUAUUUAUUUCCAAAAAUAAUCCUAUGCUUCUAAAUAUAAAGAUUGAAGAGGAACUAGUGCUAGGGCUCAGGAGAUCGAUUCCAUCACCGAGCAACCAAACACCGCCUUCUGCUCAGGGAAUAAAAAGCAAAUUAACUUUGAUAUUAAAAUGUAAAUACUUAUCCUCCAUGAAUGAUAAUUAUACAUUUGCCGAGGACAGGCUGGUAAAAGGUAAUUCAGUUUUUAUUCACAAAAAUAAUCCUGCUGUUAUAAACGUCCAUUUAGGCCAUGAAUACAAGGUAAGUUUUGAGUUAGAAUCGUCAAAAGCAAGCGAAUUUUUGUUGGAUCCAGAAAGCAGUGUUUCUAUCAAAGAAAAUGACGCAUUAGAAGUGGCUGAAAC